UCUCUGCCUCAGUCCAAAUGUGUGCAAAAUUGUCGUCCUGGAUUUGUCAAGAGGGCUCGAGAAGGAGAGCCAAUUUGCUGCUAUGAUUGCGUUCCUUGUCCAGAAGGAACCAUCUCUACUCAGGAAGAUACGGAAGAAUGCACCAAAUGUCCUGAUGAUAAAUAUCCAAAUGAGGACCGAGUCCAAUGUAUCCCCAAAAGAGUAACCUUCUUGUCCUAUGAAGAACAUCUGGGAUUCAUUCUGGUCUCUGUUGCCCUAUUUCUGUUCCUAACCACAGCUCUUCUUUUAAUCAUAUUCAUUAAAUAUCGAGAAACUCCCAUUGUGAAAGCUAACAAUCGGGACCUCUCUUACAUUCUCCUGGUCUCCCACCUCUUUGGUCUCUUGUCCCCUUUUCUCUUUAUUGGUCAACCAAGGAAAACUACUUGCCUUCUGCGACAAACUGUGUUCAGCCUCAUCUUCUCAGUUGCCAUUUCAGCUCUCUUGGCCAAAAGCAUCACAGUGGUGCUGGCUUUCAUGGCCACAAAACCAGGCAAUCGAGUGAGGAGAUGGUUGGGGAAGAGCUUGGCCAAUGCCAUCAUCCUUUUUUGUUCUGCAGUCCAAAUUAUCAUCGGCUCCAUCUGGCAGGGAGUUUCUCCACCAUUCCCUGACUCUGACUUCCACUCCCAGCCUGGAGAGAUUAUCCUGCAAUGCAACGAAGGGUCUGUGUUCAUGUUCUACAUCACUCUCAGCUACAUGGGCUUCCUGGCUGCCAUCUGCUUCACAGUAGCUUUCCUGGCCAGGAAACUGCCUGGGGCCUUCAACGAAGCCAAGCUGAUCACCUUCAGCAUGCUUGUCUUCUGCAGUGUUUGGGUGACUUUUGUGCCCACUUAUCUGAGCACCAAAGGGAAAUAUAUGGUGGCUGUUCAGGUCUUCUCCAUUUUGGCCUCCAAUGCUGGGCUGCUGGGCUGUAUCUUUAUCCCCAAGUGCUGCAUUAUCCUUCUGAGGCCAGAUCUGAAUACAAAGGCGCAGCUUACAACCAGAAGAAAUAUAAACAUUUGACAGAGGAAAUUCAAGU